AUGCCUGUAGUUGAUAUACGUACGCGCUGGAACUCCACUCUUCAAAUGCUUUUAUGGGCCCUAGCAUGUAAAUCAGCACUUAAAAUUUUGUGCGAAAAUAAUACCAAACUGACAAAAUUUGGGGUCUCUGAAGAAUCAUGGAAUCUUUUAAGGGAUGUUUUAAAGUAUUUAAAACCGUUUAAUACCCUGACAAAUAUGUUCAGUGGUGAUACCUUUUGCACGAUUUCGACAGUAGUAAUCGGUAUAAACUUAUUGUUAGAUAAAUUAGAGUCGUGGGCCAAAACACUCGAUGAAAAACCAGAAAGAAAAACUACAGAUGAAAAUAUUAUUCUGGCACUGAAUGCCUCAAGAGAUAAAAUAUUAAAACACUACAAUAAAUCAAAUUGGAUUUAUUGUGUUUCAAAAAAUUUAGAUCCUCGACAUAAAAAGGAAACUUUUAAAUAUACUAAUUUGGGCAAAAAUUUGCAAGAUAUGUCUGUGUCGACAUUUGAAAAUAUGUAUAGAGAUUUAUAUUACCAGGAAGAUGAAAAUUUAUAUACCAUCACUGUAGACAAGAAUGGCAGAAAUUAUAAAAAUAUUAUUUUACAUGAGGUUGACGAUGAUUUUGAAGUAGGUUUAAGUUCACUUUUUGCAAAUACAUCUGAAGAGGAACUUACAGAACCAUGGAGAAAGGAAUUGGAUGAAUAUUAUAACAGUCCAAGAGCUGGGGAAAAGACAGACGUGAUUAAUUGGUGGUGGAAAAAUGAGAAAACUUUCCCCAAUUUGUCAAAAAUGGCAAGAUAUAUUUUAUCCAUUAUGUCCAGCUCUGCACCAUCGGAACGACUUUUCUCAAAGGCAGCCCUUGUGAUUACCAAACAUAAGAAUCGCUUGACAAACCAGUCAAGUAGAAUAAAAUGCAUCCGUCCGCACGAGGUUUACGAAUGUGGCAGCCCAUGUCAAACACAGUGCAAAACACUUGGAGAACCUUGUCCUAUAAUAAAUAAAAAAUGCACCUACGCCUGCCGAUGUGAUAAAGGCUAUGCGAGGGACGACAAUGGAAAAUAAGAUUCAGAAGAUUCAGAAGAUUCAGAAGAUUCAGAAGAUUCAGAAGAUUCAGAAGAUUCAGAAGAUUCAGAAGAUUCAGAAGAUUCAGAAGAUUCAGAAGAUUCAGAAGAUUCAGAAGAUUCAGAAGAUUCAGAAGAUUCAGAAGAUUCAGAAGAUUCAGAAGAUUCAGAAGAUUCAGAAGAUUCAGAAGAUUCAGAAGAUUCAGAAGAUUCAGAAGAUUCAGAAGAUUCAGAAGAUUCAGAAGAUUCAGAAGAUUCAGAAGAUUCAGAAGAUUCAGAAGAUUCAGAAGAUUCAGAAGAUUCAGAAGAUUCAGAAGAUUCAGAAGAUUCAGAAGAUUCAGAAGAUUCAGAAGAUUCAGAAGAUUCAGAAGAUUCAGAAGAUUCAGAAGAUUCAGAAGAUUCAGAAGAUUCAGAAGAUUCAGAAGAUUCAGAAGAUUCAGAAGAUUCAGAAGAUUCAGAAGAUUCAGAAGAUUCAGAAGAUUCAGAAGAUUCAGAAGAUUCAGAAGAUUCAGAAGAUUCAGAAGAUUCAGAAGAUUCAGAAGAUUCAGAAGAUUCAGAAGAUUCAGAAGAUUCAGAAGAUUCAGAAGAUUCAGAAGAUUCAGAAGAUUCAGAAGAUUCAGAAGAUUCAGAAGAUUCAGAAGAUUCAGAAGAUUCAGAAGAUUCAGAAGAUUCAGAAGAUUCAGAAGAUUCAGAAGAUUCAGAAGAUUCAGAAGAUUCAGAAGAUUCAGAAGAUUCAGAAGAUUCAGAAGAUUCAGAAGAUUCAGAAGAUUCAGAAGAUUCAGAAGAUUCAGAAGAUUCAGAAGAUUCAGAAGAUUCAGAAGAUUCAGAAGAUUCAGAAGAUUCAGAAGAUUCAGAAGAUUCAGAAGAUUCAGAAGAUUCAGAAGAUUCAGAAGAUUCAGAAGAUUCAGAAGAUUCAGAAGAUUCAGAAGAUUCAGAAGAUUCAGAAGAUUCAGAAGAUUCAGAAGAUUCAGAAGAUUCAGAAGAUUCAGAAGAUUCAGAAGAUUCAGAAGAUUCAGAAGAUUCAGAAGAUUCAGAAGAUUCAGAAGAUUCAGAAGAUUCAGAAGAUUCAGAAGAUUCAGAAGAUUCAGAAGAUUCAGAAGAUUCAGAAGAUUCAGAAGAUUCAGAAGAUUCAGAAGAUUCAGAAGAUUCAGAAGAUUCAGAAGAUUCAGAAGAUUCAGAAGAUUCAGAAGAUUCAGAAGAUUCAGAAGAUUCAGAAGAUUCAGAAGAUUCAGAAGAUUCAGAAGAUUCAGAAGAUUCAGAAGAUUCAGAAGAUUCAGAAGAUUCAGAAGAUUCAGAAGAUUCAGAAGAUUCAGAAGAUUCAGAAGAUUCAGAAGAUUCAGAAGAUUCAGAAGAUUCAGAAGAUUCAGAAGAUUCAGAAGAUUCAGAAGAUUCAGAAGAUUCAGAAGAUUCAGAAGAUUCAGAAGAUUCAGAAGAUUCAGAAGAUUCAGAAGAUUCAGAAGAUUCAGAAGAUUCAGAAGAUUCAGAAGAUUCAGAAGAUUCAGAAGAUUCAGAAGAUUCAGAAGAAUUAGAAGAUUCAGAAGAUUCAGAAGAUUCAGAAGAUUCAGAAGAUUCAGAAGAUUCAGAAGAUUCAGAAGAUUCAGAAGAAUUAGAAUAA